AUGCGUUCAAUAUCGCAGAUAACACUGGGUCGGGUGCAAUGGUGGAAAAUGCGUGGUAUGAAGAAGAGAGCGGAAUUCAAUCGGCCGCAAAAAUCGAUCCGUUUAGCUGGUUUCCCGAUUGGGAAAUCCCGCUCCGCAUUCAAGCCUCACCCGACUUCCGAUAACUUCAUCUUCCUCUUGCAAUCACUCAUCCAUCUGCUCUCACAUCGCUUCCUCUACCACUAUGCCACCACCGUCGAUGACUCGGACGAUGACGACGACCUCGACGCCUAUCUAUCCAAACCAACACCCCGAACCAAACCGACUCGUCCACCAAGAGCGAUCACUCCACCGAUUACGCAUCCUAUUAAACAAGCAUCCUCCUCCGUCGAGAACAAGCAGACCCCCGUGGCCAAGGAACCGUCGUCCGAUAGCGAUGGCUCGUUCAACGAGGGCGCCGCCGCCUACGAAGCAUUCAAACGACGGAAAUCCCUCAAGCGCAAACGAACCUCGACAAGUGCGCGCAAAGGAAAAGUCAAAACGCCUAAGUCAGAGACCCCCAGCUCUUUUGUUGGGAAGGUUCCGAAACACGAAGACAAACCCCGGCCGCGUCGCCCCCUCCGGGAAUAUGGUGAGAAGGUGCCGUCAGAGGAUGAGUUGAUGGAGUACACCCUUCCAGACUACCUGCAGAAACGUCGCUCUCUGUUCGAAGGGAGAAUGGACCGUCUCAAACAGUCAGGGUUGAAGUUGCCCCCCAAUUACAACGAUGUCGAGUUCUCGGACGACGAACGGCUCGAGUUCUUGCGAGAAAAGCCUGCAUUUACAGCUAUGAACCCGUGCAGUCCGUACAAAGACAUCACACUACCGUACUCACUUGGGCUGGUCCCGGCGCCAAUCGCGCAGUGGUUGCGACAAUAUCAGGUGGACGGCGCUGCAUUCCUUCACGAACUAUUUGUCUACCAGAAGGGCGGGAUCCUUGGAGAUGACAUGGGCUUGGGAAAAACUGUGCAGGUCAUUGCAUUUCUUACGGCAGCUUACGGUAAAACUGGGGACGAGCGAGAUGCAAAGAGAAUGCGGAAGAUGCGCCGCAGCGGCCAUGGAUGGUAUCCUCGGACCCUCAUUGUGUGCCCCGGCACGCUGAUCAGGAAUUGGAUGGCGGAGUUCGACCGUUGGGGUUGGUGGCAUGUUGACUCUUACCAUGGGGACAGCAAAGAGCUCGCACUUCAAGCGGCGAGGUCCGGAAGACUCGAGGUGUUGAUCACGACUUAUUCCACGUAUCUCCACAACAAAGAUGCCAUCAACAUGGUCGAGUGGGACUGUGUGAUUGCCGACGAAUGUCAUAUUAUCAAAGAACGGACGUCGGAGACCACCAAGGCAAUGAACGAGGUGAACGCGUUGUGUCGCAUUGGGCUGACUGGCACGGCUAUCCAGAACAAAUACGAGGAACUGUGGACGAUCUUGAAUUGGUCGAAUCCAGGAAAGUUAGGGCCGGUGACGACUUGGAAACGGACCAUUUCGGAGCCGUUGAGGAUUGGUCAGUCGCAUGAUGCAACGCUGCACCAGCUGAGUAGAGCCCGGAAAACAGCAAAGAAGCUCGUGCAAAACCUCCUCCCGCAAUUCUUCCUCCGCCGUAUGAAGUCGUUGAUCGCUGACCAACUGCCCAAGAAGAUUGAUCGAGUUGUUUUCUGCCCGCUCACUGAUACCCAGGCGGAUGCUUAUGAAAACAUCGUCAACAGUGAUAUUAUAACCUACAUCAAACAGUCAUCCGAAAAAUGCGACUGUGGGUCAGGAAAGAAAGCAGGGUGGUGCUGCUACACACAUCUGCCAUCGGGGAGAAGUUGGCAGAGCUACGUCUUUCCCGCGAUGGCUGUUUUGCAGAAGCUCAGUAAUCACCUGGCCAUCUUGAUCCCACAAGCAAUAGACUCCAAUGACAAGCAGGAAAAGGACAAGGAGAUGUUGGAAAUCGCAGUUCCAGACCAGUGGCAACAACUUUAUCGCACAAGAGACUCCAUCGUGAACUACGCCAACCCUGACUUCUGUGGGAAAUGGAAAGUGCUCAGACGUCUUUUGAAAUGGUGGCAUGCGAACGGAGACAAGGUACUUGUCUUCUCUCACAGCGUCCGGCUAUUGAAGAUGCUGCAGAUGCUGUUCCACCACACCAGCUACAACGUCAGCUACCUCGACGGGUCCAUGAACUAUGAUGAUCGUGCGAAAGCCGUCAAUGAGUUCAACGCGGACCCCCGACAGUUCGUCUUUCUGAUCUCGACCCGAUCUGGUGGUGUGGGUCUUAACAUCACGUCUGCAAAUAAAGUCGUCGUCAUGGAUCCCAAUUGGAAUCCAUCAUACGACCUCCAGGCCCAAGAUCGUGCGUACCGUAUCGGCCAGUCACGAGAUGUCGAGGUCUUUCGUCUCAUCUCUGCCGGGACCGUCGAGGAGAUCGUGUAUGCCCGACAGAUCUAUAAGCAGCAGCAGGCCAACAUCGGCUACAACGCCAGUUCGGAACGGCGCUAUUUCAAGGGUGUGAUGGAGAAAAAGGACCAGAAGGGAGAGAUCUUUGGUCUCAACAACCUCUUCGAAUACCAAAACAAGAACAUCGUGCUUCGGGACAUCGUUAACAAGACCAACGUUGCUGAAAGCCGCGCCGGUGUGCAAAUCAUGGACAUCGACGUGAACGAGAAUGAUGCGAACGAUAAUAAAUCCGACAUUAGUACCCGGAAGCAAAACUCCGAAGACGAAGUCAUGAGCCAGCUUGCCGCCAUGAUUCGUGGUGAUACCGAAGACUCCACUAUGCAGGCCUCUCCAGUGCCGAAGAAACAUGAUCCCAUCCAGGCUAUCCUGACAGGUGCAGGGGUUGAAUACACCCAUCUGAACAGCGAAGUGAUCGGGUCAUCCAAGGUGGAACAACAGCUUAGUCGGCACGCAGAGCUUGCCGGCGACGGCGUGAGCAAUGUUCAAGUUUUUCGUGAUUCGCAGAACAGUUCUGGGUCGACCGCGUUGCAAAAAGACGGCAAACCCGUGCGCUUCAAAUAUCAUCCUCCCCCGGAUGUGAUGAAGCGGCAAUUCUGUAGUAUGGCUAAGCGGUUUGGAUUUCCGAAUGCAACGGAGUUUGCGCUGGUCGUGGAAAGCAUGACGCAGGCACAGCGACGCGCUUGUUUAGAACGCUGGUAUCGGGAACGGCGCGAGGCACUUCUUGGGAGCGGUGAAGAUUCAUGA